CCUGUCAGAGAAACAUGCGCAAGUUCCGUAUUCAACCAGCUCAAUGCCUCUCUCCCUCUCACACAGUGUUUUAAGGGGGGUUCGGCAUCAGACUAAUGUAGAAGGUCUAAACAAAACACAUAUUUAGAGUAAAUCUACAGGACAGAAGUAUGUCUGGACUUCAUUAGAUCACUUUUCGAAAACUGUUUCAGGAGGCACCAUCUAUCAAGAGGAGCACAUCAUGCGAACCAUUCUCACCACAUGUUUCUUAGUUCUGCUACUUCUUUGGGAACUUAACGCUGCUACGUCCCUCAGCCCAAGUACCCCCAGUCAGCAUGGAGGAUCUGCUGAAAGUCACAUGUCUACCUCAAGAAGUGAAGGACCCACCACAUUGAUCACAAGUGAUGAUCCUACCAAAGAAUUGAGACCUGAACAUGGUGAACUUAACGAUGCUACCUUCCUCAGCCCAAGUACCCCCAGUCAGCAUGGACAGUCUGCUGAAAGUCAAAGGUUUUCCUCAAAAAAUGGAGGACCCACCAUAUUGCUCAGAAGUGAUCAGCCCACCACAGAACUGAGACCUCAACAUGGUGAUUCAUCUUCAAAAAAGCCAACACACUUUCCAACCAAGCAGAACCUAACCGAUACAAGUCAUUCAGAGCACAAAAACACUGAAAUACAAACUACCAGGGAAGAAAAUGAGUCACCUUCAAGCACUUUCUCUUUGGCCACCUCAAAAGUGCAGACAAAAAGGAGCUUGGAAUACUCUACUGAAUCUCAAGAGCCAUCUACAGAUAAAGAAUCUACAAUUCUGGCCACAAGAGAUCAUAAUCAGCAUAGCACAACCGGUGUCACCUCUUCGAAACAGUCCGCAGAUACUUCACAGGCCCUUAUGACAAGUAUGAGCCAUGCAGAACUCAAAACUACUAAGGUGCAAAUUACCAUGAGCGAAAGCAAAUCACCUUCAAAUGCAUCCUCAUUGAUCACCUCGAGACGACAUACAAAAAGGAGCUUGGUCACCUCAGAAAACAAGCAAACCACAAGUACACCAGCCAAACAGAAUGUGAUAAACACCACUACUGCUGAAGAGGAGCAUCAAACAUCACAUGAAGUAAAAAAGUCCACGGAGAAUACAAGCAUCAUGGGUAACCUCCUUAUGACAAGUAUGAGCCAUCCAGAAAGCAAAACUAGUGAGAUACAAAUCACCACGGGCAAAAGCAAAUCACCUUCACAUUCUUCCUCCUUGUCCACCUUGAGACAACAUACAAAAAGGAGCUUGCUUACCCCAGAAAACAACCAAACCACAACCACACCAGCUAAACUGAACGUGAUAAACGCCACAACUGCUGAAAAGGAGCAUCAAACAUCACAAGAAGUCCAUCACAAGUCCACGGACAAUAACAGCAUCACAGGUAACCUUCAGCAGACCAUUUCAAACUCUACGGAGAAAGUAGUCAGUCAACAGACCAAUACCACCACCCAGUUACCCACCACUCAAAGGGUUGUUACAGAUGAGCCUGUAAAAGUGUCAGCUGACCACCAAACAAAAGUACAAACUACAGCAGGGUCUCCACAAGCCCAGGAAAACGGAGAAACCAGGGUUACUGCUUCCACAACAGUUGCGAUACCAAACACAACCAAGCUAAGUAAAAACAUUUCAGAGGUUACAAGCAAAGCUCAAACAAGUGGCAGUGUUCUUCCCAUCAGUACUUCCACAACUAAAGUCACAUUCAUACCAAACACCUCCAUGGCUUCCACAGGCCCUUCCAAAGGUUCAACUACAGGACCCACCACAGGACCCAAAGGGCCCUCAACAGGCUCCUCAACAGGCUUCUCAUCAGGCCCCUCGACAGGCCCUGUCACAGAUGAAACAGUAACAACUAGUGUGACCAUGGUUGGAAAAACACCUACAGCAGCACCCACAUCCUCCCUCACCACUCAACCAACCAAGAAACCAACCAAUAAAAAAAUCCUGCCAGUAACUCCAGAAACUCAGGAUCAAAGCAAUGCCAAAAAGAACAACACUGGUCCUAUAGUGGCAUCUUUAAUUGGCAGUGCUCUGGUUCUAAUGUUCAUAGCAAUCGCUGUAAUUUUGUUCAGAAAACGCAGAAUGCAGAAAAGACAACUGGACAAUCCUGACUGGGCCGGUCCCUCACCAUUCCUUGACAGUGACAUCCACCCUAACUCAUCGAAACAGGGAGAUGAGGAGCUCUUUCCAACCAAACGUGACACCAAAAGGAUCUCCCUCCAUUCAUUUCUUCCCCAGAGGCUCUCCCAGCGACUUUCAUUGCUGGUAGAGGAAGACGUCCAGAUGAACGACAUGGUAGUAAACAGCACGUUUGGCAAAAAUGAAAAUUCACAGAAUGGGAAGCCAACAGUACAGCAGGGCGAGGAGCAGGAGCAGGACCAGGACCAGGACAAGAGCCAGGAGCAAAAACUAACAGAGGCCAAUACUCCAGAUGUGGUUUCUUUAGCUCCAGGUGCUCCUGAGACAGUGGAUAAGCCUGCUGCUCCUGUUGACAACGGGACUAUUCAACCUACAUCUACACCUGCUGAAGAAAUCACUUCACUUCCAUCUCCAUCCACAGAGACCAGUGCUGCCCUGCCGACUCCACCACCAUUUGAGGACGUAGAUCUUAGUCUUCCUCAAACAAACCCUGCAAAUACUUCGCCUGCUCCACAAACCUAAACUCGGUCACAUGGGAAACCCACUUCCUCACCAGCAACCACUAACCAGAAUAGAAAGAAUGAAAAUAGAAAACAAACAAACAAAAAAAAUCUAUAGACACUCUUCUGCUUUUACAACAAGCAAAACCAGCAACGUUCCACUCUAAAUGGUAAAUGCUCACACAAAACAAAAUGCCUGUUGCAUAAACAGGUGUAACCUAAAAAAAAGAUUUGUAUUAUUGUGUUUAAGGGAUAUUGAUUAAACUGCAACAGCUUUGUCAAUUAGCUCCUUUAAAAAAAAAAUCCUUCUCCGCUUAAGAGUAAUAAAAGACUCCAACUCAUUAAGGCAAAUUCUCACUUACUGAUUGAUUUCUUCUAAGACCUUUAAGAACAUUAAGUGCACUGCUAAAAAAAAAAAAAAAAAAAAAAGAAAAAAAAAAGUGUGUAAACAUGCUAAAUUUUAUUUGGACACUUAAGAUUGUAUGUGUUUUAUGUUAUAAUGUAUUGGUCAGUAAAAAAAAUGAGAUUACUGCACUGCAGCAUCACACUCUAGAAUAGAUUGAUAUUGGAGAGAGAGAGACUCUAUACUGGUUGCAAUUUAUUCUCACUCUCUGCUUCUGCUCAUGGAAUGGGAAAGCCUGCAAUCCUCAAGCUGACAGUGCACAUAAAAUCCCAGAACCUAGUGUGUGUGUGUGUGUGUGUGUGUGUGUGUGUGUGUGUGUGUGUGUGUGUGUGUGUGUGUGUGUGUGUGUGUGUGUGUGUCUGUGUGUGUGGUGUGUGUGGAGUGCAAAAGCAGGUGAGAAACCAAGUGAGAGUGAGUAUGAGAGAGAGACAGGGUGAGAGAGUGAGCGAGUGUAUGUGUGAAGUGCUGCUGAAACGGUCUGAGUGAGUUACUGCAGUGCCACAAGCUUCAGCAUCUGAUUGCUUUUCAGAGCAGCAAACAACCUGUGAUUCAUGAUCCAGACAGCCCAGCCAGAGCACCGGUUCUGGAAGUGUGUCCCCACCGACACAAGUCAGUCAACGAGAAAACAGGGACGUUUAAUUCGCCGGUGUGUACUUUAACAUGAAAUGGACAAAGUUAAUGUAGAACAGAAUGUAAAUGCCAAAUUCAAGAAGGCUCACUGUUCUGAAGUGUUCAUGUACAUAAACUGUAUUAAUUUUAUAUGCAUUUUAUUUACAUGUUUACAUUUAUUUGUGCUGAUAUUUGACUGUACUAGUACUGUGUGGUUUAAAUAAAUUUUGACAUACUGUA